AUGGUUCAGCAACCUCCACCCCCUAUUGUACCACCUAUUGUACCUCCGGUUGCACCACUACCUUCUCCAAUGAUUGAACCUAAUAGAAGUAUUCCGAUUGAAAAACUUGGAAAGCGUGGUGCUGAAGAAUUUUGGGGCAGAUCAGAGAAUGAUCCAGUUAAAGAUGAGUACUGGCUUCAAAAUAUAUUACAGAUUUUCGAAGAAAUAGUUUGCUCUCCUGAUGACUUUUUUAGAUGUGUUGUUUCAUUAUUAAAAGAGAAAGCGUAUAGUUGGUGGUCGACGAUAGUAGUUGUGGUACCGAGGGAGAAAAUUUUCUGGGAAUUCUUCCAGACCGAGUUUAAAAAGAAAUAUGCCAGAAAAAAGGGAAAUAUAUCAGUAGCUGAAUAUGAGAGAGAAUUUGUAUAUCUCAGUAAAUAUACUCGAGAAAUUAUGCCUACUGAAGAAGAAAUGUGUAUUCGGUUUGAAGAUGGUCUAAAUGGUGAAAUUCAAAUGAUGAUCAGAGGUAAUGAAAUACGAGAAUUUGUUGUCUUGUUUGAUCGUGCACAAAAAUUAGAAGAAGUGUACAACUGCAAGAUACAACAGGAUAGACAGAUUCAAGAAUUUCACAAGAGAAGUUCUUUCAAGUCGUUUUCAGUAUCACUGACGAAGAAGACUAAAGAUGAUUUUAGCCGAGCUAUCUUAGUGUCUGAGCAUUUGAAUAAAAACAAGACGAUUCAACAUGAUUUCAGAGUAUCUACUAGACCAACUGAUAGUGUGGGUAGUGUACAAAAUGCUCCGAAGCCCAAAUGUAGAUAUUACGGGAAAUAUUACCUUGGCGAGUGUAGAGAAGCUAAAGCACUUGCUUGCACCUACGCCAUUCGAGCUAGAGAGGAAGUUACUACUCUAGAUGUGAUUGCUAGUAUAUUCUAUCUCUUUAAUGUUAUUGUGUAUGUAUUAAUUGACCCUGGGUCAACUCAUUCUUAUAUUUGCACUACAUUAGUAACGGAAAAGAAGUUACCUGUUGAAUCUACUGAUUAUGAUAUUCAAGUUACUAAUCCACUAGGUUUACCUCUUGAUCGUGAAGUUGAAUUUGUGAUUGAUUUGAUGCGUAGAACUACACCGAUAUCAAUAUCACCGUACCGUAUGGCACUAGUUGAACUAAAAGAAUUGAAAGCACAGUUGCAAGAGUUAUUAGAUCGAGGGUUUAUUCGACCGAGCAUGUCUCCUUGGGGUGCACCUGCUAAUGUAGUUGCGGAUGCACUUAGUCGAAAGUCGUCGUUGUUUGCACUUCGAGCGUUGAACGCUCAUUUAGCUCUUAAUGAAGAUGGUUCUGUAUUAGCGGAGUUGAGAACAAAACCCCUUGUUUCUACAAUGAAUUUGAAAAUUGCAAGAUGA